UUUACGAUAAAUUAAAAUUAUGCUGAUUGUUCCUUCGAAGUGAAUUGGGUCAUAACACACAUAAUAAACAAACUAUAUUUCCCGUGAUGCACUGCUUUACGCUGACUCUUGACCCUUGUGUAAAAACAAGCCGAUCAGCUGCAAUAACAUCUAACCAGUGGCUGCUGAUACGACAUAGCUUAGCUUUGCCGACGGGGCAGCUAUAUGUGGCAGUAGGCAGGAUGGUUCUGGACGGCAGAAGGGUCCAGUUUUAGACCGAGUCCAGCCAGCGUCUUCAACCUGAGAACCGUCCAACGAGUGGGAGAAUCAACCUUUCAGGUUUACCAUGAGUGGCCAAAGUCCGGCGGUGGAUAAAGGAAUGAACACAGUCCUGGUCUGCCAGGAGAGCUACGCCUGUGGAGGGUCAGACGAGGCUGCGUUCGAAUGCGAUGAAUGCGGCAGCUUGCAGUGCACCCGCUGUGAACUGGAGCUCCACCGCCAGGAGCGCAUGAGGAAUCACGACCGGGUUCGGAUCACGCCGGGUCACGUUCCCUUCUGCGACGCCUGUAAAGGUGACAACAGCUGCGCCGGCAGACUCAGAGCGGUGGUGCGCUGCCAGGGCUGUAAGAUCAACCUGUGUUUGGACUGCCAGAAACGCACUCAUGGCGGAGUCAACAAGCGGAAGCACCCUCUGACGCCUUAUCCCCCCGCCAAGGCUCCUCACGAGAGCAGCGUGACCGACGGGGAGUCAGAGAUGGAGAUCCUCAAGUUGAAGCUGGAGAAGGUGUGCAGCUUCCUGCUGGUUGAUGAGAGGGAGGAAAUGCAGGUGAAGAAUGAGGAGGACUUUGUCAGCAGACUUGGCUGCACCCCUGAUGAGCUUCUCAAGGUGGUCUCCAUCUUUGGCAACACCGGGGAGGGCAAAUCUUACACCCUGAACCACACCUUCUUUCUUGGAAGAGAAGUGUUUAAGACUUCCCCCACACAAGAGUCUUGCACCGUGGGUGUUUGGGCAGCUUUGGACCCUAUCCAUAGAGUUGUAGUCAUUGACACAGAGGGUUUGCUUGGGGCCGGAGCUAACCAAGGUCAGCGAACGCGUCUUCUUCUGAAGGUCCUGGCUGUUUCUGACGUGGUUAUCUACCGAACACAUGCGGACCGUCUCCACGACGAUCUCUUUAAGUUCCUCGGAGACGCGUCAGACGCCUACCUGAAACACUUUACAAAAGAGCUGAAGGCAACAACGGCCCGCUGCGGUCUGGACGUUCCGCUGUCGACGCUGGGUCCAGCGGUGAUUAUUUUCCAUGAGACCGUCCACACCAAGCUUCUAGGAUCAGACAAACCGUCUGAGUCGGCUGAGCGUCUGCUCCAGGAACGAUUCAGGAAACUGGGGCUUUUCCCUGAGGCUUUCAGCUCCAUCCAGUACCGCGGGACUCGCACCUACAACCCUCCCACAGACUUCAGCGGCUUGCUGCGCAGCCUGGAGCAGCAGUUGGAUAACAACAACACCCGAUCGCCGCGUUCUGCAAGCGUCAUCUUCAAGGCUCUGCAGGCCUUGAGUGAGCGUUUCUGUGGGGAGAUCCCAGAUGAACGAAUGACCAGUAACUCCUUUUUCCCAGAUGAGUAUUUCACCUGCUCCAGCAUCUGCCUCAGCUGUGGGUCAGGCUGCAAGAGAAGCAUGAAUCACUUAAAAGAGGGACUCGACCAUGAAGCCAAACAUCGUUGCCGCUACUCUGCGCAGUACGACAACCGCAUCUACACUUGCAAGGCCUGCUACGAGGGCGGGAAGGAAGUGAUUGUGGUUCCCAAGACGACGGCCUCAUCCGACUCACCGUGGUUUGGCCUGGCCAUCUACGCCUGGUCAGGAUAUGUAAUCGAGUGCCCGAACUGCGGAGUAAUCUACAGAAGCAGACAGUACUGGUAUGGAAACCAGGAUCCGGUGGAAACAGUGGUGAGGACAGAGAUCCAGCACAUCUGGCCUGGGUCUGACAGCUUUUUGAAAGACAACAACAACGCGGCCCAAAGGUUGUUGGAUGGAGUCAAAUACAUUUCUCAGUCGGUCUCUGAACUCAGCGUCAAACCUGCCAAAGCGGUCACUUCCUGGUUGACCGACCAGAUUGCUCCUGCCUACUGGAAACCUAAUUCCCUUAUCUUGAAUUGUCACAAAUGUGGGGAGGAGUUUCAGCCUAAUGACACCAAGCACCACUGCCGCGCCUGCGGAGAGGGUUUCUGUGACACCUGCUCUUCCAAAACCCGGCCGGUCCCGGAGAGGGGCUGGGGGCUCGCGCCGGUCCGGGUCUGCGAUGCUUGUUUUCACAACCGAGGAAUUCCAACGGAGUUACUGGAUGCUGCCUUGGAGGAAGAGGGAGGCACCCUGAUAGCAAGAAAGGUUGGCGAGGCAGUACAAAACACUUUGGGUGCUGUCGUUGGUGCCAUUGAUAUACCUUUAGGUCUAGUAAAGGACGCUGCUCGCCCUGCCUACUGGGUCCCAGACCAGGACAUCCAGUCCUGCUGCGAGUGCCAAAGAGAGUUCACGCCACGUCUGUCCAUCCACCACUGCCGCGCCUGCGGCCAGGGAGUGUGUGACGACUGCUCUCAGGAGCGCCGCCCGGUGCCGUCCCGAGGCUGGGACCACCCGGUGCGCGUCUGCAACGGCUGUAGCCAGAAAUCCGGGGAGCUCUAGCAGGACGGGAAGCUGGAACAGUUAAAGAUGUAAGCCUUCCAGGAACACUGGAGGACAAAACCUCAGUAAUGGGAUGUUGCACCAUUCUCGAGGCUGCAGGACAAUGGGACUGUCAAUUAUGUUUUAUUGCUGGUCUCACAUCACUUCUGUCUGAUCAGACUGACGUCAGUAUGCCUAAAAUUUACACUGUGAAUACCAGUUAAAAAUAGACGUGACUUGAAUUUUGGGAAGAGGCCAAGUGAUGCCUGCUUGAGGCUGAAUUCAGGUUACUUUCGUUGUCUAUCUGUAGAUCUCCCUUUACUGUAGAUUUAGGCUCCGUAGCCCUUUGACAAUCUUUUUCAGUAUGACAUUCUCAUACUUUUAGCACCUUUUGUGUAGUUCGCAGGAGUUGUAUGGAUGGUUUGGAGAGCAAAGUAUGAACCAUAGUUAUUAAUUGCCUGCAAGUCUGUUCCUCCAGGAGUAUUGUUUGCUUCAUGAAGAGAAAUGAUGAAAACUUUACUGUUUUAGCCCUGAUUCACUGACCGGUUGUUCUGUUGCAUCAAGAUACAUUUCAAAAAGUACAAUAACCUAAUAGUCAAUAUGCAAGUAAUUGUUACCUUACCCUAACAGAUAACUCUAUGUAUAAAUAACAGUAAUUACUACUUAAUAAUGGUAAUUAACCAGUCAUUGCUGGUGUACACUCAAGUGACCCAAAACAAUGCAACAGCCUUAAUUGUGCUGUCCGUUUCUAUUGUUUAGGUUUUAUAAGGACUAUAUAGAGCAUAUACAAUGAGGUUUACUGUAACAAGGAUAUUUUUGAGGUAGAUUCUGUUUUAUGUUAAAGCAAAAUUAAACCCACAGGUUAAAACUCAAUAGUGUUUUUAUUGGGUGACCGGUUCACAGAAACAAUAGUACAAGUAAAGACCUGUUUGAGGCUGGCUCCUCAAACUGGGAGAUAUAUUAGUAGCUUUUAGUGAGCAGUGUUUGCAGCUGGAAUGAUCCGGUGAAUUUAACAACUUUGUGUUGGUCAGUUUUUUUUUUUUUUGUUCAGUUUUUCUUCUGCAGAAUAUCUGGGAAUUAUAAGACUUGACUGUACGGAAACGGGCUUGGUCCCGAAGCCUUCGGGUUAAAGAACAGACUUUUUGACCCCAAGUCGGAUCUUAUCACUGAAUAUAGAUAUCACAUGGAACCGAUCUUCGACUUGUGUUCAUGUAUUUCUCAUUCAGGAUGUAUUAAACUGAAGAAACACUUUUAUGUGUCAUUUCUGUUAA